AUGAUGAUUUUUAUUAAUAAUUUACAGGAUCCAGCUGGUAUAUUUGAACUUAUCGAAGUUGUUGGUAAUGGGACUUAUGGUCAAGUUUACAAGGGUCGACAUGUCAAAACAUCUCAGUUGGCCGCUAUAAAAAUUAUGAAUAUUAAUGAAGAUGAAGAGGAAGAAAUUAAAAUGGAAAUUAAUAUGUUAAAGAAGUAUUCUCAUCAUCGAAAUAUUGCAACGUAUUAUGGUGCAUUUAUAAAGAAAUUACCGUCUUCGACGGGCAAACUUGAUCAGUUAUGGCUUGUCAUGGAAUUUUGUGGUAGUGGUUCAGUAACAGAUCUUGUUAAAACUUCUAAAACUACCUCACUGAAAGAAGAUUGGAUCGCUUAUAUCUGUCGUGAAAUUCUACGUGGUCUUUAUCACUUACAUCAAAAUAAAGUUAUACAUCGCGACAUCAAAGGUCAAAAUGUCUUGCUUACUGAUAGUGGUGAGGUGAAACUUGUCGACUUUGGUGUUAGCGCGCAACUCGAUCGGACCGUUGGCCGACGAAAUACUUUUAUUGGAACACCAUACUGGAUGGCACCAGAAGUCAUAGCUUGUGAUGAAAAUCCAGAUGCAACAUAUGACUCGCGAAGUGAUUUAUGGUCACUUGGUAUAACAUCACUUGAAAUGGCAGAAGGUCAUCCACCUUUAGUUGACAUGCAUCCGAUGCGUGCCCUUUUCCUUAUACCGCGCAAUGCACCUCCACGUUUAAAACGAAGUAAAAAAUGGUCGAAGAAAUUCGAAUCAUUUAUUGAAACUGUUUUGGUAAAAGAUUAUCAUCAACGACCUUAUACCGAUCAACUACUUCGACAUCCAUUUAUUCGUGAUCAACCACCGGAACGACAAACUCGGAAUGCGAUAAAAGAUUAUCAGGAUCGUCAUCGUCGUAUUGCAAAUAAAAAAGAUGAAACAGAGUAUGAAUAUUCUGGCAGCGAUGAUGAAGAAAAUCAAGGACAAUCAGUUAAAAUACCUGAUUUGGCUGCAGAACUAAAUAUGCAAUCAGGUCACGACAGUACUUUGCGGAAAGGAUUUCAGCGUCUACAAGAGAAUAACAAAAAUUUGCUGGAACAUUCCUCUCCAAAUGGACAAGCAUUUCGUACCCGAAUGGGUGUUGGUUCAGCAAUUGGGCCUACAGCUUCACAGCACCAAGCACCACAUCAACAACAAAAACAUCCUUCUGUAUCUCAGGAUUAUCUCAGACCUGCUUAUGGGAAGACUUCAGGUGAUUCGCCGCGUGAUCUUGUCAAAAUGCGACAACAUAUUGACCCUCGGGUCGUACUUAAUAAUCCUCUAGGACAUCAACGACAGCACGUCGAACAAGGCAGACGUGCGCAACGUCCGUUAUCGCAUCAUCAAACAAGAGGGAUUUCACCGCAUCACAGUAAUAAUAUUCCGGCGCAGAAUCAUCCAGCUGCACCUCAUCUUGCUGACCUCGCUAAUUAUGAACGAAAACGUCGUAGUGAAAAAGAAAUUGCUCGUGCUGCAGCCGAACGUCGUGAUCGGAGUGCAGUUUCACGAGAUGCUGCUGUUCGAGAUAUAGAUGCAUUACGAAUACCACCGCAUAUCGCUCGUGUUAGUGCAUCAAUAGCAGCGCCACCACCUACUCGCAAAAUGAGUGAACCACUGCUGAAUGGAAGGCUUGAUAGCCAGGAUCUCGAUAUUCUAGCAAAUGAGCUAACAAGAAUGGGACGACAUCAGCAACAAAAUGGUAGUUGUAGUCCACCACCACCAGCUCCUCCACCACGUGAUACAUCAAUUAUGAUUGUUGGCGAUGAAGGUGCAUCAACACACGAUGGAACUCUAUUAGCUAGUGAAACUGUUCGAUUGCCUCAUCAUGAUUCGGCGAUCGAAGAAGGUACAUUGCGUGGUCCAAAUAAACCUUUACCUCCAACACCUACGGAUCAGUCGCCUAUAUCUGAAAUGCCCGGUAAUGAUGGAACAUUACUUGCUAUUCAGGUAUCUACAGAAUUUUCCACGUCCGUUCUUGCACAACGUUCAAAUUCAGACUCAUCAAAUCGUUUUCGUCAAAUGCAAAUGGUCAAAGCUUCCUCAUUGCCUGAUCAACCUGCAAGUGCAACUGAAAUAAUCAUUGGUUGUGACGAUGGCUCGAAUAGCGAAGGAUCCGGCUCGUCUGCUGAAGGUUCACCGUUCGAUGCUCGUAAAAAUGCGAUACGCUCUUCAGCAACUGCAUUAAGUGGUUCCAGAUGUAGUGUAUUACCGGAUCUUUUGCCGAAAACAUCAUCGGCUGAAAGGGCUAUUCUGCCGUCGUUCACGAAAGAAUCAAGUUCUGCCAGCAUCGAAUCUCAAAGUGUUGAAGAGUAUCCUUCAAAUUUGAAUAGCAUUCCAAGAAAUCAAAUUCCUUUGGCGGCUCGUGAUCGAGAAAAAUCUUUUGUUGGUUAUUUUGGUGCUGGGAUGAGUGGUGGUGGUACCGUGAAUCGACCAGGUCGUGCACAAGACUCCAAUCAGGUUCAAGUGAAUGUGAAUCCGAAUCCAGCAGGAAAUAGUAGUACAACUCACACCGACGGGGAUGCUCCUGAAAUAAGAAAAUAUAAAAAGAAAUUUAGUGGAGAUAUUCUUUGUGCCGCAUUGUGGGGAGUCAAUUUGCUCAUUGGUACUGAUUCAGGUUUAAUGUUGUUGGACCGUAGUGGUCAAGGAAAAGUUUAUCAGCUCAUAACGCGUAGGCGAUUUGAACAAAUGACGGUAUUGGAAGGCCAAAACAUUCUUGUUACAAUAAGCGGUAGAAAGCGGCGAAUAAGAUUAGAAAAACGGAAUGGUUGGGUGAAUGUUGGCGAUCUUCAAGGAUCAGUUCAUUUCAAGAUUGUUCGUUAUGAGCGCAUAAAAUUUUUGGUAGUGGGUUUGGAGAGUUCAAUUGAAAUUUAUGCUUGGGCGCCAAAGCCCUAUCAUAAAUUUAUGGCUUUCAAGGCAUUUUCUCAAUUAACUCAUCUUCCACUUAUUGUCGACUUAACAGUUGAGGAGAAUGCACGGUUAAAGGUUCUUUAUGGAUCAAGGGAAGGAUUCCAUGCGAUCGAUUUGGAUUCUGGAUCAAUUGAUGACAUUUAUACACCGCCAAAUACUGAAACACCUGUGGUCCCUCAUUGUAUUGUAAUAUUACCAAAUAGUAAUGGAAUGCAGUUAUUACUGUGUUAUAACAAUGAAGGUGUUUAUGUGAGUACAUAUGGCAAAGCAACGAAAAAUGUUUUUUUGCAAUGGGGAGAAACUCCGUCUUCUGUCGCCUAUAUUUCAACGGGUCAAAUAAUGGGUUGGGGCAAUAAAGCGAUUGAGAUACGUUCGGUCAACACCGGUCAUUUGGAUGGUGUUUUCAUGCAUAAAAAAGCACAAAAACUGAAAUUUCUCUGUGAACGCAACGACAAAGUAUUUUUCUCGAGUGCCAAAGGAGGUGGUGCAUGUCAAAUAUAUUUUAUGACGUUGAAUAAACCAGGAAUUUCGAAUUGGUAA